AUGGUAAAAAAUAUUGAAAAUAAAACAGUGUUUGUAAUUGGAGUGUAUUGCGGUCAAGCAAAGCCAGCAAGCGCAGAGGAGUUUUUUGAAGAUUUAGUUGCAGAAACUUACCUCCUUUUUCAGAAUGGAUUACUUAUUCAUGGAAAGCACUUUCAUAUAAAAAUUUAUUCAUUUGUUUGUGAUGCCCCAGCACGCGCAUUUGUUAAAGGAGUUAAGUCCCAUUCCAGAUACAAUUCAUGUGAAAAAUGUGAUCAACAUGAGGAAUAUGUAGGUAAAGUUAUUUUGCCACAAACAAAUGCUCAAUUAAGGACAGACGAAACAUUCAAUGAAAGGCGUGAUGCAGCCCAUUAUAAUAGUCCUUAUUCCUUACGAUUACUUAAAAUAGGGGGUGUCAGCCAGUUCAGAUUGGAUUUUAUGCACUUGGGUUGCCUAGGAGUAAUGAGAAGACUUUUACUUAAUUGGAAAGGCCUUAUUGGUCCACUUCAAGUUCACCUAAGUUCUCGAGAAGUUAUCAAGUUGUCAAAUAAAUUACUGAGUUUUGUUGCUUAUAUUCCUUGCGAGAUUUCACAUAAACCUAGAGCAUUACGUGACAUUAUGCAUUGGAAGGGCCACUUUUGA